AUGGCCUAUAACAUCAUCACAUUUUGCAACAUGGCCUCAUCAGAAGCAGUCUUCGCCAUUCCCGAGCUGCUCGAAACCUUUCUCCUUGAGGUCGACAUGAAGACACUGCUGCUAUGCCAAGCUAUUAACAAGACAUUCUACGGUAUCAUCAACAGCUCGAUCAAGCUGCAAAGGAAACUUUACUUCAUCGCAAAAUUAGAUCACGGGCAGAGACCCAAGUACAAUCCGCUACUCGAGCCCAACAACCAUCCACGAAUUUACUUUAGCUCCGCCCCAGCCUUUGUCUACAUCCAAAGUCAACAGGACUUGUUCGUCUUACAGGGCAGAGGAGAGCAUAAUGGUCGUUUGCGAAACAGACACUCUUAUAAGGUGAAGAAGGGAAGUUGGCAACGCAUGCUGUUAGCGCAGCCACCGCGACAAUUUGCCGAUACUAUCGUGGAUACCGACGAUCUGGAUAGGUUCAUCAUUGAUCGUGCCUUCCCUAGCGAGAUGGAAGCGGGACAGACGGCUAAGGAGGUCUUGCAAUGGAUGUUGCGGCGGAAGACGCCACGAAGAAAGCUUAUGAGGUGA